GCUCCGGUCUAAAAACAAGCGCUCUCUUCCGUUCUCCUCUCUGAAUUUCGAACACGUUUAGCUCCGGCGAUUCUAAUCUUCCCACAGGUGCUCUCGGCUGCCUAUAAUGGCGACCUUCGGUGCCGCUUCCGCAGCUAAUACGAACCCUAACAAGUCCUUUGAGGUGAUUCAACCCCCGACUGACUCGGUUUCCAGUCUCAGCUUCAGUCCUAAGGCAAACUACUUGGUGGCUACUUCGUGGGAUAACCAGGUACGGUGCUGGGAAAUAUCAAGAAAUGCAAGCACCGCAUCCAGUGCGCCCAAGGCAUCGAUGUCACAUGACCAGCCGGUCUUAUGUUCUGCAUGGAAGGAUGAUGGAACAACUGUUUUCACCGGCGGCUGUGACAAGCAAGUGAAGAUGUGGCCUUUAUUGUCAGGAGGUCAAGCAACCACUGUCGCUAUGCAUGACGGACCAGUUAAAGAGAUAGCUUGGAUUCCAGAAAUGAACCUCUUGGCCUCAGCAAGUUGGGAUAAGACCUUGAGAUACUGGGACACAAGGCAGCAAACUCCAGUGCAUACUCAACAACUGCCAGAGCGCUGUUAUGCUAUGACAGUGCGGUAUCCCCUCAUGGUUGUGGGUACUGCAGACAGGAACAUCGUAGUCUUCAAUCUUCAAAAUCCUCAGGCGGAAUUCAAGAGAAUUCAAUCACCGCUGAAAUAUCAGACGAGAUGUGUAGCAGCCUUUCCGGACCAGCAAGGGUUUUUGGUUGGUUCAAUAGAAGGCAGAGUUGGGGUACAUCAUCUGGAUGAUGCUCAGAAUGGUAAAAACUUCACUUUUAAGUGCCACAGAGAAGGAAAUGAUAUCUACUCAGUGAACUCCUUGAACUUUCAUCCUGUCCACCAUACGUUUGCGACUGCUGGAUCUGAUGGUGCUUUCAAUUUUUGGGACAAGGACAGCAAACAGAGGCUAAAGGCCAUGGCAAGGUGCAGCCAGCCAAUACCUUGCAGUGCAUUUAACAAUGAUGGCUCCAUAUAUGCAUAUGCGGUUUGUUACGACUGGAGCAAAGGUGCUGAGAACCACAACCCAGCAACGGCAAAAACGAACAUCUUUCUACAUCUACCACAGGAGUCUGAGGUUAAAGGGAAACCCCGUGCUGGAUCGACCAACAGAAGGUGAACGACCCUGUCAAAGAAGGCUGAAACGUGCCCCCCUUUUGCAUCUCAAUCUUUCUUCUCUUUGUUCAAGACUUGGUUCUUUCGGUUGGUGCUUUGUUUUUCCAGCAGUUGUCCAUAGCAGUGUUCGUUUGUUAGCGAUGUAAGUGAUACACAUAGAUAGAGAUAGCCUUAUGUUGAACGAUUAGUUCCUUUGCCAAACAACUUCUAAUGAGUUGAGAAGAUAUUGAGCAGCGAUUAACUUCUGCGGUUCAUUGUCCUUGCUAACUUUGUGUCCUUUGAGAUACUACCCAAACUAGGGGUGGUCUGGCAAGCACCAGAUAUGGAAAUGCAAAUGCAUCUAUCUAUCUUCAGUUGCGAAUUUGCGAUUAGGAGUAUUGAGUGGUUCGUUUACUAAUCAGGUAGUGGUUGAACGCUAAGUCGCUAACUGUGCCGCUUACAUUGAGCGGUUAAUAACCAACCUUUCAACCGGUUGGUUAGGUGUUUGGCUAGUGGUUAGUGAUCAGAAGCCUGGAAUUGUUACCGGUGAAGGUUGGAAUGGAUGCAUUUUCUCCUUUAUCGUUCCUUUUUAUCGGUUAAUAAUUUUUAUGAUAUUUU